UCUCUCUCUCUCUCUCUCUCUCUCUCUCUCUCUCUCUCUCCCUCUCUCUCUCUCUCUCUCACACACUCACUCAGCUCAGCUCCACCUCGCUCUGCGGGUGUGUGUCUGUUAGUCAGUCUGUUUUUAUUUUCAAGGUUAUAUUUUUCUGCAGCAGGAACUCUCUCUGUUCUCGGAUGGGAUUUCUGAUAACCGCAGUUGUUCUCUGGGCUGCAGUCGGAGUGGGAAGCCGGCCAGUAUCCUCACCCCUCAAUGAUGCAAAGGUUGAAUGUAUUAUUCAGGAGACACUGAAUGAAGACGGGUCACAUCAUGAGUGUGGCCCACAGCUAGCAGAGGAACUUGAUGAAGUGCAAAGACAUCAUGGUCUGCUCAGGGAGCUGCAGAGGCUGGCUGACGAUGAGACGGAGACGGAGCGAGACGACGACGACAAGGAGCGAUAUGAGUACAACCUGGCUGACGACGAGAGCGACACAGAGCAGGGUGACGAGGAGACGAAGGAGGAGAGAGAUGUGACCGACCUCCCUAAAGGGACGGAGGAAGAUGACACCAAGGAGAAGAUAAUGGAGGAGCCACGGAUCGAAGACAGAGGGAGGGACACUGAAGAGGAGCGAGCCAAGGAGCUGGAGGAACUGCUGGCUGAAGAGAUCACCAAGAAGGGGAAGGAGGAGAGGAACGAUGAAGAGCUCAAAGAACUGCUGAAAGAGCUGAAGAAGAAGCGCUACGAGUCGGUGAAGGAGAGGGAGAUCCAGAAGGGCUCUGAGGCAGAGCAGAAGGAGGAGGUGGAGGAGAAGAAGGAGAAGGAGGAGAAAGAGAAGGGUGAAGGAACAGCAGAGGACUUGGAGAAGCAGAGGAUCGAGGAGAGGAGGAAGAACGAGGUGGAGCUGAUGGUGGAGAGGGAGAAGGUGGAGAAGGAGCUGAAGGAGCUGCUCAAAGAGCAGGAGAGCGACAGCAAGCCGGAGCAGGAGAGGGAGAGGAAGGAGAAGCAGGAGGAGCUGGACGAACUUGUCAGGAAGAUGAAACGGGUGCAGGAGGAGGAGGAGGAGACGCAGGGCGGGAAGAAAGAGGACGGCGUUGAGGAGAAGAAGGAAGGCGAAGACGAUAAGGAGCCCAACGAGAAAACAGAGAAUGAAGUGAAGAAGGAGGCGGCGGUGGAGGUGAAGGAGCCGCAGCAGAAGAGAGUGAUGGAGAAAGCCAGCGAUGAAGCCACGAGGCAGUUUGAGCGAGAGAGGUACAAGAAUGCAGAGGAUGAGGAGGACGAGAAUGAGGAUGAGGAAGAUGAGGAUGAAUAUGUCAGAGAGGAUGAGGAGGGGCAGGAUGAGGGAGACGAUGAGGGGGGUGACGCCGAAGAAGAUGAAGGGGAGGAGCUGCUGGAAAUUGAAGCUGAGUUGCGCAAAGUGGCUGCAGAGCUGAGGGAGCUCCGCAGAGGAUAAGACACACACCAAUAAAUAUACGCACACACAGCAGACUGACAAAACCCUUCGUUGCAUUCGCAGUCACACAUUCAGCUCACACAUUUUUACAGCCUUCAAAUCCCCACAGCACUCAGAGAAAUGUCUGUAAAUGGACAUUAGUGGAAACUGUACAUACUGUCGUUUCAUUUCUGCUUUUAGAUUGCCUGGAAAAAGGCCGUCGCUGCUUCCUUCAGUUGAAGGAAAAGAGACGCCUUUUCCUAGAGAAUCUAAAAGAUCUUUGCGUCCCUGUCUCAGUACCUGUAUAUGCUGUUUGUAAGGUCGACAGGUGAUGUCACUGCAGUUGUAAAACCGCCAUGGAUGCAAAGCAUUCAGCACUUUUAUUCAAAUGUUAGUUCUGACUGCAGAUUGCCAACCACACAAACACCAUCAUCUUUGAAAUCAUGAACCCUGGCAAGCAGGAAUCAUCCUCGAUGGUGUGCUUUUGGUGGGAAAAAACAGAUUCCCAUAAGUAAUUAUGUGUAUUUCAAUAUAUAUUUUGUGCAAUAACUAUGUGUAAGCUGUUCUGACUGUUAACGAUACGUAUUACUGAUAUUUCUACACAGGAGUAAGUCAUGAUUUCCUCUCCGUUUCUUUGACGAUAAAGUAGAAACAAGGAUUGUGUUUCAUUUGGCUCUCGCACUGUUAAAACCAGACUGUUUGUGACGAACCGGGGUGACACGAACAAAACGUUGAAUUUCUGACACGUGUCAGAUGUUAAGUUUGUCUCGACUGUUAGGACGUGACGUACUUAGAAGCUUACAAAGUGUCACUUCAGGUUCUCAGCCAGCUUUGCACUCUUUAUCUUAACAAGCCAAGGAGGAGUGGAGGGAAGAGGGAGUCACUAAAGCCAUUUUGUUGUCUUUUGGUAACAGCAACACCGACUAUAUAACAUUGAUAAACGCUCAGUAGUUUUCAGGCUGUCAUGUCAUUUGUGUAAAUAUCAGAUAUCAAGGUCUGUAAGCCAAGGUCAUAGGAAAUAUGAAGCAACAGCGCCCCCAAGAGGACACUGGGUAGACAUGCACACAGUGCAGGAUUAACAGGGUUACCACUGGAGGCCCACUUACUGCAAUAACACAACAUAGACUACAGCACACGUGAAUGCAAUAAUUAGCCAAAUAAUGAAUUAUAUUUCAUGUAUUUUAAUGUGUUAUCAAAGUGCAUCAUAGAGUACUCAUAUAGCAGAUAUAACCUCUCGUUUUCUACACAGCCAAGAUUUACAAUACAUGUAUGUAUUUGACACACACGAUCAGUCAACACUGAUGAGCUCGUCACUGUCUAUUCCAAAGAGGAGGUGUUUGUUCACUUGAAAAUAAAUGUUUUCUUUUUCUAUAUUAGUGCAAAAGUUUCCACAAAAUGUAUCUUACAAACCAGCAAGAGAGACAUAGGAAAUGUCUGUAGGGGGGGUGAGUGACAUAAGGGCAUAGAGGACAUUUCAAAACAACAGGGAAAAGAAAAUGAAAAUAAAAACACACAUUUGUAAUAUUACUGGCCAAUCAGAGUGCUGUAUUUUGUGCCUGCUGUAUCUUCUUCUAUGCUACCUGUCAAUCAAUAAACGGAAAGUGUAUUAAACCAU